AUGUCAUUAGCCCCAAAAAUUGAUGAAGUACAAGAUGUUGUCCGACGCGGAAACUACCAAUUCAUUAGCAUAGUGGAGACUUGGCUACAGAGUCAUAUACACGACAAUGUAGUCAAUAUCGAAGGAUAUAACCUCAUCCGCAGAGACAGAAUUAACGGCCAACACGGAGGCGUUUGUACUUAUAUUGAAAAUACGAUCGGUUUUGAGUUAAUAGAAAACUUAACUAAUGACUUGUUUGAGGUGUUAUGGAUCAAAAUGCUGAUGCCCAGACUGCCGAGAAGAUUUAAUAGCUUGGUCGUCGGGACCUUAUACCACCCCCCAAGUGCUGACGACUCAGCAAUGCUGGAUUAUUUAUCCAACUGUCUCUCUACAUUGGAAUCAUGCUAUCCUAAUUGUGGUUUUAUUAUUCUGGGCGACUUUAAUCAGUUAAAUAUCAACCGAUUAAAACUAAGCUAUAACCUACGUCAACUUGUUAACUUUCCAACACGUGGCAGAAAUACUCUUGAUCUCGUCUUGACAAAUCUUUACGAAUACUACGAUCAACCGGUAAAGUAUGCACCAUUCGGUCUCUCUGAUCAUAUGUCUGUAGAAUUUAAACCAAAAGAACGAUGUCAACCCCAAAGAGCGCAGAAAAGAGUGGUGAAGAAAAGAGAUCUACGUCCGAGCUCCCGUCUUGCAUUCCGUAAAUAUUUGGAACUGUUGGCAUUCCCAGCAUGUUUUGACAAAGCCCCUUCUUGCACAGAAAAAAUCUCCCUCUUGGAAACCAUUGUAACUACUGGUCUGGAUUAUAUUCUCCCACUGCGCUCAACUACAUCUCGGUGUAAUGAACCUCCCUGGAUGAACUCAAAAUUAUCAUUAUUAAUUAAGAAACGCCAGAAAGCUCUUAACCAAGGAAAUAUUACCCAAUUCAAGUACUUGAGAAAUAAAGUAAACCGCAAAAGGAAAAGUUGUCGUGCGAAGCAUUAUGAAAAUAGCAUUCAACAUCUUAAAGAAUGUAAACCAUCCUCUUGGUGGAAUGAGGUUAAGAAGCUCAGUGGAGCAAAAUCUACUAGCGGAAAUAACGAAGAAAUCCUUAAAGCCUUAAGACCUGAUGAACACCUUACGGAAACAGAUAAAGUAGAUAUUGCAAACGAGAUAAAUGAUUCUUUUCUUUCCCCAAUGGCUGAAUUUACUCCUCUCACUCCAGAGAAUUACCAAGAUCUGUUAUUUGGCGCAGCUAAUGAUUCUACUGUCACAAUUGCUGCAGGAGACGUAUUUAAAAAACUGUCAACGCUUAAUCCAAGGAAAGCCCACGGCCCUGAUGGAAUACCAACAUGGGUGUUAAAAGAGAAUGCUGAUUUAUUGGAACUUCCAGUCAAAGAGAUCCUAGAUAGUUCUUACCGCGAAUGCCGUAUUCCACAAUCUUGGAAAGAGGCCGACAUUAUUGCUAUCCCUAAAAAGAAACCCAUAACUGACAUUAAUAACAACCUACGUCCAAUAUCAUUAACACCUAUUUUAUCAAAACUGGCCGAAGAAUUCGUGGUUGAACAACACCUAAAACCUGCGGUAUUAGCCACAAUUGAUAAAAGGCAAUUCGGAUCCAUCCCGAAUUCAAGCACUACGUAUGCCCUUAUCAGCAUGUUGCAUUUUUGGAAUAAAAACACGGACGGAAAUGGCUCUACAAUCAGAAUUAUGCUUUUUGACUUUCGUAAAGCUUUCGACAUGAUAGAUCAUCAUAUCCUCGCACGAAAACUGUUAAAAUACAACAUCCCAAAACCUAUAUUGCAUUGGAUCUUAGACUUCCUCACUGAUCGCAGUCAGAGAGUUAAACUUAGCGAUGACUGUUUUUCCGAGUGGAAGGCUGUGCCAGCGGGUGUCCCCAGGGGACAAAAUUAG